UAUGCAUUCGUGAGAACAGGGAUCGGGGAAGGGGUGCAGAGGAAAGCGGGGAUCUGCGGCUGGGCGGUCGCUGGAGCUCCCUGGGGUUGCACAGGAAGGAGCAGAAGGGCAGGCGUCCCACACCCAGAGCGCCCAGGAGCACCCAGCUGGGAUCUGGCUCGAUUUGGUCCAGGAGAGCAAGGAAGUCAGAUUCUUGUCCUUUGGAAGCAUCGAGUUCUCCAGCUGACUUUGUGCCCUAAGAAAAACGAGCCAGGGAACCCAGUCUGAGGAAAACAUGUUGCACGCGAAAGUGAAAAUAGAGAAGCCAGAUUUAGAGACCGCCAAUGCAAGGAACCGUCUCGAUGCCGUGCUGCAGGGCCUGCUGGAGAAGAGCGAUGUCGAUCGGGAGCAGAUGGACGAGGACUCUGGGAAGGCAACAUCAGAUGCACUCAGCAAGGACUCAUCACCCACAGCCCCUGGGAAAAGGCCUUCGGCACGAUUCUCCCAUCACCGCCGAAAGAAGAGGAAAGAGGCAGAUGAUGGUCUUGCCGAAGGUGGACAGCAGAAACAGAAUACGUACGUCAUCAAGCUGUUUGACCGGAGCGUGGACCUUGCGCAAUUCUCCGAGAGCACCCCUCUGUACCCCAUCUGUCGGGCCUGGAUGCGCAACAGUCCCAUGGUGCGGGAACAGGAACGGUCUCCCAGCCCUACUCUGCCCACCCUGCCGGAAGAUGAGGAGGUACCUAAACAGAAGGAGCCCCAUCUUGAAAGGGGGAUGGGGGUCGAGGGGCUGAACGGGAAGGGUCAGGACGUGCACAAGCUGCCUCCUCCGACUCCCUGCCACCCAAAUGCCUCAGGGGAUCCUGUGAACCUGCGAAUCCCUGCCUCCUUGGAGCCCGAGGAAGAAUCAAAAGAAGCUGCUGACGCGGCUCCUGAUUCCGUGCCAUCCAUGUCCUCCCUCAUCUACAAGAACAUGGAACGGUGGAAGAAGAUUCGGCAGAGGUGGAAAGAGGCCUCGCACAAAAACCAGCUACGCUACACAGAGAGCAUGAAGAUCUUGAAGGAGAUGUACGAACGGCAGUGAAGAGGGGCACGCUUUGUUGCAUGUCCAGAUUCCCCGCCGUCGCCCCUUUGUCCUUUAAGCCCCGUAUUCAUCUGGAGUCCCUCGCCUUGUGGGUCUUUGUGUGUUGUGUAUCAAUAAACACAGUAUUUGGAAUGAG